GUGAGACUUCUCAGUUCCUGCUUCAUUACUGGGUAGCAGCUAUUCCAGUGUGUGCGAGCUCCCAACUGCCUCCUCCCAUCGAAAAGCCCUUGGCUGGAAGGCUUCUCAAGGGAAAGAGGGACAGUCUGGAGAAAACAAGAUUGAAAAGGAAUACAAGUUGCCCAAAAUCCCCACAGCACCAGUUCUUCCUUCACCAGGCCACUGACUCCAAGGAGGCAUCUAGACAGAUUUUGCUGCAGAUUUCACAGGCCAGUUUCCAGUUACCUUUUAAAUGGUGGAGGGCAUCUUGGCUUCCCAGGACACAGAGGAGCAGGGUUUCAUUUUCCUUCACCAAUACUUCAAGACACAGAGGAGGUGGUAAAGGCAUUGCCAUGAAACCUAACUUGAAGCAAUGGAAACAACUCAUGCUCUUUGGUAUCUUUGCAUGGGGUCUGCUUUUCCUGGUGAUAUUCAUCUAUUUUACAGAUAGCAACACUGCUGAUCCAGUUCCAAGUUCCUUUUCUUACAUUGAAACUAAGAGACUUUUGCCCCUUCAGGGCAAGCAGAGAGUCAUCAUGGGAGCCAUUCAUGACCCAUCAUUCUCUGAAACCAUUGAUGGGAAUGAGGUACUUCUUAAUGAAGAUCUCCUAGGUACUUUUAAAUCAGGGACUGGAAAUUCUAAGAAAUGGACUGUAUUGGAAGAGGCCUUUAGAAAUGAAGAUGAGUUUUUUCCAUCCCAGUUAGGAAGAAAAUCAAAAAGGGCUUUUUACCAAGUGAACGAAGAUUAUUUAUUUGCUGCUGGUCAGCCUCAUUCACACAACCACCUUCAAGAGAUAGAAAAAUUCAUUUCAGCUGACAUGAAUAAUCCAAAAGGAAGUAUUUUACAGAACAACUGGAGCCAUCAGAGAAGAAUGAGGAGAAGGAGCACAAAGCAUAGGAGAGGCCAGAUGCUUGAUGAAUCUGAUGACUGGGAUGGGCUGUAUUCCACAAUGUCGAAAUCCUUUCUUUACAAGCUUUGGAAAGGGGAUGUCUCUUCCAAGAUGCUAAACCCUCGACUGCAGAAGGCGAUGAAAGAUUAUUUGAGUACCAAUAAGCAUGGGGUGCGGUUCAAGGGGAAACGAAACUCCAAGUUGACAGGAGACCAGCUAUUUUGUGAGCUAAAAGAAAGAGUGAAUGUGAAAACAAUAGAUGGCAAGGAGGCUCCCUUCUCCUCUCUUGGAUGGGAAAAGCACGUUCCCCAAAUUCCACUGGCCAAAUUAUAUACACAUGGCUUUGGGAGCUGUGCAGUAGUUAUGUCUGCUGGUGCAAUACUGAACUCCUCUCUAGGGGACGAAAUAGAUUCUCAUGAUGCCGUUUUAAGAUUUAAUUCUGCUCCUACACAAGGCUAUGAAAAGGAUGUUGGAAAUAAAACAACUAUGCGGAUCAUUAAUUCUCAGAUUCUCACCAAUCCAAACCAUCACUUUGUCGACAGCUCCUUGUAUAAAGAUGUUAUUUUAGUAGCCUGGGAUCCUGCUCCUUACUCUGCAAAUCUGAAUGUGUGGUAUAAGAAGCCAGACUACAAUCUGUUCACUCCCUACGUACAGCAUCGCAGGAAGAAUCCAACCCAGCCAUUCUACAUCCUCCAUCCAAAGUUUAUAUGGCAGCUCUGGGACAUCAUUCAGGAGAACACUAAAGAGAAGAUACAGCCCAACCCUCCUUCUUCAGGGUUUAUUGGUAUCCUCAUCAUGAUGUCCAUGUGUAAUGAAGUGCACGUGUACGAAUACAUCCCUUCAGUGCGACAGACUGACCUGUGUCACUACCAUGAACUCUACUACGAUGCAGCUUGUACCUUAGGGGCCUACCAUCCACUGCUCUAUGAGAAGCUGCUGGUGCAGAGGAUGAACAAAGGUUUGCAGGAUGAUCUGUACCGCAAGGGGAAAGUCAUUUUGCCAGGUUUCAAAGCUGUCAAGUGCCCCAAACAAAAUAAUUUCCCACACUUGUAGAAGUAGGUCUUUCAGAAACAAUGUGCAAUAAGGUACUACUGUCGUACUAUAUACAAGAAGAGAAUACUUGAAAAACUAUCUUAGACCAAUCUAGUCUUGAGUCUAUAAAUUGUAAUUAAGUAGCAGGCAUGAGAAAUACUUCUUUUCUGAGCCUGAGUAUUUAUUAUGGCUUUGCAAAUAGUUAACAGAAAAAAAAGCAAAGGCUUAGCUCAUGAAGGUGCAAAGGACGUACUUAGGCAGAAAUAUAAUGUAUUGUUGUUGCUGUGACUGUCAGAAUUUGUCUGUGGUCUCAUGCCACAUAUGCUAGACUGUAAUUUUUUAAAAUGAAUUUAUUUAAUUUCAAACCUGGCAUUGUGAAACAGCCUCUAUUGUUCAUGUAUGUAGAGAGCGACCAGUUGAACAAUGCAGCAUUUCCUGUGGCUUCAUGGGAUUUUCACACUCUCCCAGAAUGAAGUAAUUGCUACUCCAAGCUGUGCAGUCAUUCACUAGAGUAAACUUUAAUGCCUGUUCCUAGGCAGGCUCAGUUCCAGGCCUCCAGCUGAACGGGGGCUUAGGGUGGCCCUGAAGUACAUGUGGUGGGGGGUGGCUGUACACAGCUAAACCAGUUAAACUACUUGGAUGUAUUUUUGAUGCCAGUCUCCCAUUCUCACACUGACUGAAGAGGGAAGAGAGAAAUGUCUCAUUUCUUUAGAGAAAAAAGAAUACAUUUGUAACCUGAUUAGGAAGAAAAACUUUCCCUGACUCUCAGGAAGGUGUGAGAUGGAAAUGCUGCCUUCCCCCAAGUCUGCACAGAUACAAAAGAUCCAGAGAAGGCCAAGGGAGGCUGUGGAGCAUUCACCCAUCACACUGAAAGCAAGCAUAGAGGGGACUCACUUCUUGUCAAGUCAACAAAGAUAGCAUUCAGGAACACAGACAUUAUUUGUUAGGUAUUUCAUUGGUAUCUGAAUCAAAGUCACUUGUUCACAAGUUCUUGCUGUUCAGAUAGGAGGAGUUUUCUGACAACAGGAGAUGAUAUCAGCAUUUUUUACUUAAUGUUUGAAAUACUAUAACCCAGAAAAGCUGUCAUGCCUGCAAAAAACCUGACUACGGAUUGCAUUUGGAGAUAAUUUGAUAUUUUCAUUCAUAACACACAAGGGCAAUAUUCUUUAAGGUACUUGUAAAAGUCUACCUAAUUGCUAAUAUAUUUAAAACAUUAUUUUCCAUAUUUUCCAAGACUUCAGAUUUUCCAGGUGGUGGGAGGUUAAUGGUUUGGAGUGGGUUUUUCCAGUUUUUUUGUUUUGUUUUGUUUUGUUUUUUUCCCACCUGACUGCCUUUUCUUUUAGACUAAGUUCAGCAGGAAUAUGUGUACACAAAAGCACAGCUAUAUCCUACUCAUGUCCAUCCAGUAAAAAAGCAGACAGAUCAAAGAGGGAUUGAAAAGAAUAGCUGACUGGUUGUGGUGGGAAGUAUUUUUUGUGUUUUGACUUAAGGAAAAAGCCUUUUGCCAGAAAGGCAAAAAAAAAAAAAAAAAAGCAAACAAUAGUAAUGACUAUUUCAUCUUCAAUUGUAAUGUAAGUAUUGUCACAAAAUCCUUUUUCUCUCACUCAGCUCUUUGGGAAGCAUUAUUGGAAGGAUCUUUUGGAAGGAUUAUUUUCCUUCCUCAAAAUGAAGAAUACGUGUCUCACAUAGGACUUAGCCUUCUUUUUGGGCUUUAUGAUGAUCUUAAGAUUCUUCUUGUUGACAGGAAUUAUUUGUGGAUGAUCUAAUAACUGUACUUCUGUGUUGUAUGGAUAGUUAUGUCCAUAAGGCAUUUUGGUACAUAUCAAAAUUAAUAGGUUUUACUCAUACUAUCCUUGGACUCUGGAUAUAGUCCAUACCAAUUUCUUUUUAAUGUUAUGUCUGGUGGCAACUUUUAUUCUUGCAGUUAAUAACAUUGUUAUUUAAAUGCAUGGAGAAUAGAUAGCCUACAUAGAACUAAUCUAUUUUUCCGUAUGCUUGGUACCCUGUUUGCUAAACAUAAGCAGUCUGAACAGUGCAAAAUGUCUCUCUCUGCUGUACCCUGGGUUAGCUACAA